AUGUUCGUUCAAGGGCAGCUCGUCUUAGUGAGAGAUGGGCAACAUCCACUCUGGCCCGCAAUUGUGAAAAGAAUCGCAUCAGAUGGUCAAGUCUCAGCGGAAAUCAUCUGGGGUAAAGAUAAUUAUGAGUAUACUUUCGCGCCAACUAGAGAUAAUCUCAAGACGUUAACGGAGGAAAAGAUCGAGAAAAUGCUUAAGGCUAAGGCCACGACGAACAAGGCCCGCGACAAAAAACGUGACCUCAUCACAGCUAGGAAAUAUCUUCAUGAAACAAGUGGUACAGUUAACGCUACUGGAGAGGUAAAGGCCAGCCUCAAGGUGAAUACGAAAGUCAACGGCGGUGGAGAUAUCGAAGCAGACGGUUUCAAGUAUACCAAAGGGGUAGAUGAAGCCAACAGUUACGAACUCAAAAAUGUUGCUACUGGCCUUUCGAAGAAGGGCCGUACUGAGCUCUCUACUGGUCACGCGGCCCAGUCGAAUGUAGGUAGGGUCGUAGAAGAGAACGGUCACAGACAAGAAGAUAUUGUCACUGGCAUUUCGACGAAGGGCGGUACUGAGCUCUCCACUGUUCAUGCGACCAAGUUGGAUGCGGGUAGGGACAACAAUGAUAUAUCUCCGGUCGUAGAAGAGGCCAACAGCCACGGACUCGAAGAUAUUGCCACUGGCCUUUCGACGAAGGGCCGUGCUGACCUCUCCACUACUCACGCGGGCCAGUCAAAUGUAGGUAGGGUCGUAGAAGAGAACGGUCAUGAACUCGAAGAUGUUGUCACUGGCUUUUCGACGAAGGGCGGUACUGAGCUUUCCACUGUUCGUGCGUCCGAGUUGGAUGCGGGCAGGGACAACAAUGAUAUAUCUCCGGUCGUAGAAGAGGCCAACAGCCAUGGACUCGAAGAUAUUGCCACUGGCCUUUCGACGAAGGGCCGUGCUGACCUCUCCACUACUCACGCGGGCCAGUCAAAUGUAGGUAGGGUCGUAGAAGAGAACGGUCAUGAACUCGAAGAUGUUGUCACUGGCCUUUCGACGAAGGGCGGUACUGAGCUCUCCACUGUUCGUGCGACCGAGUUGGAUGCGGGUAGGGACAACAAUAAUGUUUCUCUGAUCCGACCCCCUCUAUCUCAAAUCGCAGAGAAUUCUCGCGGUUUAUCUGAUUCCGAUCUUCGAAAUGACCCCGCGCAAAAGAAUAAACGGCGCAAGCUCGAAUCAAGAGUCAAAGAUGAACCUGUAAUCGAGCUCCAUCGCGCCACCCGGAGGUGUAAUGCGCCUAGAGAAAUCGAACCGCCAUUACAAAGAUACAAAUCGACACCAGAACUUGAUCUCUCGAUACCACAUGUCAAGUUUUUCUACGAUGAAAUCAAGCAACGAGGAGAUCUAGCUGAAUUCCUGAGAUGCCGGACUUACGAUUCUCACAAUCAAUCACUGGAGGAGGCCCUAGUUGUCGACAGAUUUUUAAUGGAAGUCGUUCGACGCACGGAGGAGGUGUUAUACCUGGGCCGCAAAAUUCAUGCUGAUGAACGCAAUAUUCUAAUCGGACACUCCUCAAGUUGGGUGUUCAGGGCAAGGGAGCGCCUCAGCACUGAAAACGGAGGAAACAAAUCAGCCCCUGGAACGAGAAGGAAACGGCGUGACAUAGGAAUCAGAAGGAUUGGGGAGGAAAAGGACACGGAAUAUGACAACGAGGAUGUCAAUCAAUCCUAG